AUGAAUUCCGAUAAUGAUUUUAUAACUUCAGUUGAUGCUUUUGAUGAAGUGAAAGAUUCUGAUGAUAAUGCAACUUUGUCAAGUACUAUGAGUAUACAAAAUAAUUCAGAAACUGAUGAAUUUAUAACUCCACCUAAAAAUUUUGGUAUUCACUGGAUGGGUUUUUUACGUUCAAAGCAAGUUAAAAAUACCAAAUUAUGCCAAUAUAAUGCAAAGUGCUUAUAUUCUGAAGAUAAAAUACUUUAUAUGCAGAAUAUUAAUAAAAAAAAUUCUGCAAACAUAAUUAAAUCUUGCCUAAAUAAAGAUCUUGAUAUAUCUUCAAAAAAACAUAAAGCUGUUUUAACAGACUUUUUUAAUAAAACUAUGAUUCUAUCAGAUAAAAUUGAUAAGCUUCACACAUUAUUAUUACGAUCAUUAAUCUAUAGUAAUGUUGCAUUUCAAUUUGUUGAAAAUCCUUUUUUUGCUUUAUUUUUAAAUAAAUUAUAUUCGAGUUACAAUUUACCAUCAAGAUAUACAUUAACAUAUAGAAUAAUGCAAGCUGAAUAUGCAAAAGUAUUAUCUGAAAUGAUUGAUCAUCUUGAAGAAGUUAAUGAUUUGACUCUUUCUUUUGAUGAAUGGACUGAUGUAUUAGGAAAUUCUAUAUAUGCAUUUCUUUUAAACAAAUUUGAGAAUAUUAAUGAAGUUAUCAACAUUGAAGACUUUUUUAUUAUCUGA